AUGCCAUUAGUUGAAGAUUUAAUAGAAAGUGUUGGUUCAGCUGGUUUUAUUUCAAAAUUAGAUUUAGUAAAUGGUUAUCACCAAAUACCAAUGUCAUCAGAUUCAGUUAAAUUUACAAGUUUCAGUACAACUUAUGGACAAUAUGAAUGGUUAGUUAUGCCAUUUGGUUUACGUAAUGCCCCUGCUACUUUUCAAAGAAUAAUGAAUAUGAUAUUUCAUGAUUUUAUUGGAAGAUUUGUUGUUGUUUAUUUAGAUGAUAUAUUAAUUUAUACAAAAUCAGAACAAGAACAUAUGGAACAUUUACCUUUAGUAUUUCAAAAUUAA